GUUAACUUUAACUUGAGGAGAGAGUGUUUUCUACUAGUCCGGCAUAUGAUGGACGAUUGACUUCUUAUCUUCUCAUUUCCGUUCUCGAAGUCCAUUUCUCCAAUUAGUCUCAACCCAUAUAAGAAGAAAUAAUAUCUGAAUCCGGUCAUUAUCACCUAUUGAGCUCCCAAAUCUCUCACUUUUCGAUGAAUCAUUGAGCAGAGUUCGAUUACUGAUGAAUGAUAGGUAGGGGCAUGACAAAUGAUGUUACCGAUGGUCGAUUGCCGGAGUUUGAUCGAGUUUUGCCGAUCAUUCGAGCCGCGCAAGAACAGGAACCGAUUUCAAUCCAAUCCCCACAGGCUUCCCCGGAACAAUAAGAAUCACUGCCACUCCAAUCUGCUAGCUCACCCUUUUUGCAGCGAUCACUCCCGCAUGGCAGCUCUUGACGCGGUUAUACUCAUCCUGGUAAUUGGAUCUGAUGGAAGUAAAUCCACCGGAAAAUAAUUAAUAAGAGAUAGCCGAAAAUAAUUAAAGUGCUCAGGAUAAUCUUUAGAGAGAUAAAUGUAUGUAGUAUAUUCAGUGUAUUGAGCUUUAUCAACAUUCCAAGGAUUACAUGAUUUUAUAGUAGAAAAUGAGACAUAAAAGAUUUGGGCGACGUGGUCGCCAUGUUCGAUUUGAUAUGCAAAUCAGUAAUCCGGAUCCGCAGGAUCCUUUGUUGAUUCACUUGAUUGUGUGAAUAUCUUGAAAAGACGUCAUUGAUGUAGUUUGUCCGCACGGAGUCACCAUGUAGGCAUAACGUCCAAAGACACCAUGCAUAUGUUAUUUGGAUAAGCUUCUACUACUAUGUACAGGGUCAUUGUGGGCGCUCCUCUGGCUAAGGUACUUGAUCGCGUCCAUGGUUGCUGUGGACAUGCUCUCUGGAUAAGCCUACCCCGACAUCCACGGUCACUGUGUAGUCCCUGAUCUUCUAUUAACUUGCGUCCACAGUCGCCAUGUACAGUAUUUUAUCUUCUAACCCGCGCGUGGUCACCAUGUACGAGCUCUUCUUAUACCUUGUCAUCAUCCGGGCAUAGUUACCAUGCACAUCAACCUCUAACUGUUUUCAUCCAUGUUAACCCGGUCAACAUUUAUCCAUGGUUGGGAUAAUUAUACCAUCACAAGCCCCCCACUCCUUAAGCCAAAUAGCAUAUUGGCUAUAAGGAGUGUAGACACAGUUACCGUGUCAACCUUGAGCGUACAUGGUCACCAUAGCCGAAUAGUAUAUUGGCGAUAAGGAUUGUAGAUACAUGGUUGCCAUGUCAAUCUGAAGUGUACAUGGUUACCAUGCCAAUAUUUUUGUCUUUUUACUUGUUCAAUCAUUUAAAAUUUUAUCUUUUAAUCAAAAUUUAUAUUCCCAACUUUACUUUCUUCCUGGCAGCUUGGUUGGGUGAGGGUCAGCCACCGGCCACCGCCAUUCUUGUACCGCCCAGGUCGCAGCUCGCCGGCAACCAGGCCAGCGUCGUCCGCUGCUCGCCGGCGUCCAUCCGCGCCACCAGCAAGCCCACUCAGAGUUCCCGUCAGCCACCGCCCUUUUCAGCCUCCGACGGCUGCCGCGAGUAAACCGAACACCUCAACUUCACCAGCGUGGACCCUGUAGCGCCGGACGCCAGAUUUUGCAGCUGAACCAGCAAUGUCGUCGGUUAUCCCCGCCCCAGGUUGCGGUCCGUUUUUCUGCUACGCCCUAUCCCGGUCGCCGCCAUCAGUCCUCCGUCGUCAGACACCAGCAAACUCCAGUGACAUCAAGGAAUUUUACGCCGUCGUCGUCUACUUCCUGCGGCGUCGUUGUUCUACACUGGGUUCCUCUGUCGUUGUCCUGGAUUUUCCGCCGUUGCUGUUAAGGUACGCACAGAGGUACGCUCCCUGCAUUCUCCCUCUUUCCUUUUAUUUGUUAUUUUGACUUUUCCUUUUUAAAGCUUCUCCGUAUUAAUUUUGGCUUUGAAACAUACUUCGUAGUUCGUACUUCGUAGCUCCUUUGUUCCGUGAAACACACUUCUCCGUGAAACACUUGGGAUUGAAUCGUCCCUAGACCUCUUCAAGCAUAUGUUCCGAGCUGGGCAGUGCUCGGCAUCUGAUAGUCUGUCCUGGGUGUCUAUCUCUCAGCGCAGCCACUUUGACAUGUGGAAGGUCACUCGUAGCAACGAAGCCAAUUGGAAAGAAGAAUUUGUCUAUGUGUCGUCUGGAUCUCCGUUACCCUUCUCAUUGUCUUUGAAUUGUCGAUUUAAGAAGUAUUCAUACCCGAAACUUCCGGUUGACCAGGUGACAUGGCCGGCUAUGAUUCUUUCUGGAGGACCGUAUAGCCUCUCUGCCUUUACUUCUGAGGACCGCCUACCCACGGUUGGACUCUAUUCGCCGUCACCAUGUUCGGGUGCACACGAAUCCACGCCCACGGAUCAAGACAUGACAUCGCGGCUGGAGAUGUUCCAAAGCUUCGACAAGGAUGGACCUCGCGGUAGUGACCAGGGGCGCUCUGACAAGAAACCAAGGGCUCCCUCCGUCACCAAAGGCAAGGACGUUAUCGUAACCAUGCCUUCAUCCGUGGCGAAACGCAAGGCUCCUAGUACCGCAACCCGCAUCACCCGGAGCAUGAGUGACAUUCCCAUUACGGGGAUGACUACUUGGUUACGAGGUAACAUUGAGUUGCCCCCGCUUUUAUCACUGACAAUCCCGGCGACUGAGAAGGAGCAAAUUUUAGCACUUGACAACGUUGCUCUAGAGAGGAGGAGUCACCAUGGCCUGGCAGAGCUACUGACAUCCAUCUCCGAGGUGAACCGAAGGAAGGACGAGCGCGAGCAAGAGUUGUUGCUACAACUUACUGAACUGGCAAAAGAGGUGGCCUCGCUCAAACUUAUUCGUGAUUCACAUGCAGCCGAGGUCGCGACGCUCAAAGACAUGCACGCCGUGGAGUUGGCGAAUGAAAGAGGUCGGGCCGUGGAUGCAUACAAGAAUUCUUCAGAGUUUGUGUCUGAUCGGGAAGCUUACAUCAGUGCCCACCUCGGUGACAUUAGCAAGCGUUGGUUGUCUACUCCGGAUGGCCAAGAGAAACUGGCUUUAGAGAGCUACAUCUCCUACCAGAUCGGGAUAUAUGCCACUCAACAAAAAAUAUAUCUUAUCCUGAGGAAUAAGGCUGGUACCACUUGCAUCACUGAUUGGGGACUUCCUCCUGAGGUUCCCAACCCUGAGAUCCCGGUAGCCAACACGCCCCUGGACUACAUUCCCUUUGUCAGACUCCCCACUGAUGAGGAGCUUGGCGAUCUCCCUUCCGAGACAGAUCACCCAGCUUCGACCGCUUCUGUACCUUAGAGCAUGCAUGGGAGUGACGGAUGGACGUAGUGUAGACUUUUAAUUUCGUCAUGUCUUCCAUCAUGAGUGCCUGUAUUGCUAAACAUGUUUUUAAUUUCAUGAAAUAAUAAUGACGCAUGUCUUAUUUUUCCUUUCGUUAUUGUUUAAUAUUAUCGC